CAUUGCGGAGGGGACGGCAGAGUAAUAUUUUUGACCAAGCAUUCCUUCCAUCAAACCACCUCAUGCUCAUGAAUUUUCAACGAGCUGGCCUCCCGGCUGUUUUGGCAAAUCCUUGCGGGGAGGAAAGGAACAUCAUGAUUGCUUGCUUUCUGUGAAUGCGCGCUCCAAAAGGGAGCGGGGCACUGAUCGACCUGGCAGCGCUAUGCGAAUUGGGAUGCCCUUCCAAGGAAGCAGUGCGGUCGACGCUGGAGGGCUGGGGUGGUCCCGUCCGGCACGGCAUAGGUGUUCUGGCAGAGAAGAAGCGCGCAGACAUGGUUCACAACCUGCUGGAGGUGCUCAGAGAUGCGGGGGUGAAGGUAGACGCGCGUGACUUCACUGUUGGAUUGUCGGCCUGUGCUCGGCAAAGUCUCUGGCAGCAUGCCUGUUCAAUCCUCACGACAAUGCCGAAUGCUCAGGUUUGCCCGAAUGUGUUCAGCUUUAGCGCCGUCAUCAGCGCCUGCGAAAAGGGUGGACAAUGGCAGCAGGCUUUGCACAUAUUUCAGGCGAUGCCGCAAGCGAAGAUUCAGCCAAAUGUGGUCACUUACAACGCGAUGAUCAGCGCUUGCGAAAAGGGCGGGCAGUGGCAACAGGCGGUGAGUCUGCUUUGGGUAAUGCCGGAAGCAAGGGUGCAACCGGAUCUUAUCAGCUAUAAUGCAACCAUCAGCGCCUGUGAAAAGGGUGGACACUGGACGCAGGCUUUGGAUCUUUUCCAUUCCAUGCCCCAGAAAAAGGUUGAAUCGGAUAGGAUCAGCUGCAACGCCGCUGUCAGCGCCUGUGAAAAGGGCGGUCAGUGGAAGCAGGCUUUGGCCCUGCUUGGGAACACGACGCUGCCGGACGAGAUCAGCUUUAACUCGGCCAUCAGCGCAUGUGAGAAGGGCGGGCAGUGGCAGCAAGCGUUGAAUUUGUUUUGGGCCAUGCCUCAGGCAAAGGUGCAACCCAACGCCGUUAGCUUCAGCGCAGCAAUCAGUGCAUGCGAAAAGGGUGGGCAGUGGAACCAAGCUUUUGUCCUUUUUCAGUCUAUGUCCACAGCCAACAUAUCCUGUGAGCAGGUCAGCUUCAAUGCCACCAUCAGUGCAUGUGAGAAAGGCCGACAGUGGCAGCUGGCUUUAGUUCUGUUUCGGGCCAUGCCUGAUGCAAAGGUCAAUCAAGACAAGAUUAGCUACAAUGCAACUAUCAGUGCCUGCGAAAAGGCCGGGCAGUGGGAGCAGGCAUUGGACCUCUUUUGGGCCAUGCCUCAGGCAAAGGUGCAACCAAAUGUGGUUAGCUUCAGUGCAACAAUCAGUGCCUGCGACAAGGGUGGGGAGUGGCAGCAGGCUUUGGGUUUGUUCUGGGCAAUGCCCGCUGCAGAAGUGCACCCAAAUGUCGUUGGCUUCAGUGCAGCCAUCAGCGCCUGUGGCAAAGGCGGACAGUGGCAAGAGGCUUUGAGCCUAUUUCGGGCAAUGCCCGAGGCAAAAGUCAAUCCUGAUGAGAUCAGCUUCAAUGCCACUGUUGCCGCGUGCAAAGCCAGCGGACAGUGGCGGCGGGCGUUGGGCAUCUCUUGGUCAGCUUGAGGACCGCUUCCACUGGACCAUCCGGCUGCCCAGGGAGAUGUGAGAAGGUCUGGCUAAGCCCUGCACUCGGCUGCGCCUGCUUUGUGUUGCCGCUUUGGAUCUCUUCGGCAGCCUCCCGCUUCGUCCCGCUGCCCUUCUGUUUUUGGGUGGCUAUGCACCCUAGCACCAUCUCCUCAAAUUUAUAGGCAGGUGACUACUGACCCUGGGAGCGGCACUUUGGUUCAAUUGCGUGGACGCCUAUGGACAUGUCCUACUGCCAGUAUGCACUACUUGUUCUGGUCCUCAAGCAGUUAUUCAUGGUUGAAGCAGAAGACGCUGGCGCACCAGACAGACAGUGUUUCAACACUCCCUUGCCCACCGCCCUGAGAGACUUCGCCGAGAAGGUCAGGGUGCCGUGGUUCGAAGAAGCUGGGACGGCCACAGCGACCUUUGGGCGCUUUGCAAUGUAGAGCUGCACAAAGCCACACACCUUUUGCCAUAGGCAGCACCUUCAAAUCAUAGCCUACCCCAGCCAAGCAUGUUGUGCAGCGAGUGCCUGGG